AUGUUUUUACCCCGUCCGGGUAGUUCUUUGCUCCCGAUCGGGCCGUUCCGGAACAUAACGGCAGCAGCGCGGAAGAACUACGUCUCCCAGCAGCCCCUGCGCCCCUUAGCAACCGACCCGCCGGCUGCCGCAGAGUGGUCUCUGUGGCCGGAGGGAUUGUUCGUGGUGAAGAUGGUCAGCCAUGGAAAACAUAUUGCAAUAAUAGUCCAACAGCUUAACAAAUUUGACUCUGAAAAUCAGAGCGCGGAAGAUUUCUUGGAUGAAUCGGCUAAGAUGUUGCAGACUCUUAAUGUGACAGAAAAGAAGUUUGUGUUGGAUACAGUAGCUGGAUGCAUAGAAUAUAAAUCCUUGCUGGAUGUAGUGGUCGAUGCCUUUUUUGUUCGUGAUGGGAGAUACUGCCUCAUUGCUGAGCGGAACCUCUACGUAGUUAUUUGUUAUCUGGCUACUUUUCAACUAGAAGAGCUUGGUCUUCAACACUUCAGCAGAAUCAUCAAAUCUCUGGACACUGCAAAAAUGCAAAAGUUUCUUAGAUUCUUCUUCAAUGCCUUGUAUUUGAACACAUGGAUUAAAGAUGAAUGGAGUCAGAUCUACGAUGCACAGUAUGUAAAAGAGAACUGGAUUGAUCCUCUGCUAAGAUGGCAGCCAAAAGUACAGCAACUGAUUGAACAGCUCACAGAGAAAUUAAAUAAUCGCACUACCACUGUCAAGGCUUCGACGAUCACUCAGCCGAAGGAAUUCAAUUUGACUGUACCCAAACCACGUGCCAUUCCUAUACCUCUGCCAAUACCAGUACUGGAAAAAAGGCCACCUGUUCCUCCAAGCACCUACAAACCUCCAAAGGAAAAAAAGCAGCUAGAAGAAAUCAAAACAAAAAAUCGCCGAAGAGCACAAGAUCUGCUCCUGAAAGCAAAUGCCGGCCAGUUCAGAUGUGCAACCAUGAAGUCUGAAAAGGAAGAGAACACACAUGAGAGUAUGAAGAGUAAGACAGCAUUCCGGGCUCAAAAGAUCCAAAGAAAGAUUGACAAUAUACCUAUUAAAUUAAACGCUGCAGCUAUUUUAAGAGAGCGUGCCCUCUAUCAACGGAAAACGGAACAGGAGCUCCAGAGAAUUGAAAACUUGCUACGAGGGGCCAGAGACCCGUCUGAAUUCUUGGAAUGGCAAAAACAGAUGCGUGGAAAAGAUUUGGAAGAACAGCUAGCUGAAAUAGAGUCCAGGAGGCUUCAAGGGAAACUGAGUCAUGAAGAGGCAGUUCUAGCCCGUCAGAAUGUGAUUCAAGAAAAUAAGAAGAAAGCUGGUCUAAUGAGAGAAGAGAAAGCAGAGCUGAUGCACCAAUAUGCAGAGAAACGCCUACAGGAACAGAAAGAAAUGAGAGAGCUGGUGGAGCAGGUCAUGGAAGGACACAAGAAUGCAAAGCAAGCAAAAGUAAAGCUCCAGAAAUUCAAGCAGCAAAUAGUUCAGGAAGUUUGUGAAGAAAACCGAGAACUUCUUCGGCAAGCUUUAGAAGAAGAGGAGGAGAAGCUCAGGAAAAGAUAUGAGCUAAUUCAACAAAUACGAGCUAUUGAGUCUUUGCCAAACAUCAGGCACAAGUUUGUUGAUUUAACAGAGACUGGUGGCCAUGGUUUAAUUUGUGAAAUGUCAAUAGUGGAACUACGUGAACGCCUCGCACUACUCAGAGAAGCACAGAAGGCAGCAGAGGAAGAGAAGAGAGACCAGAUAAUUCAUGAAAAACAAGCUAAGGAACAACUUCUUCUAGACAAACUGGACCAGAUUUCCCUGUUCAGAGCAGAACUUGGACGAGCAGCUGCUUUAAAACAAGAAGAAAAGAAAAUAAAGUCCCAGUGUGGUGCAAGGCCUAUAAAAGACGAACGUGUUUUAAACUUGCAGAAAAAGAUCGAAGAAAAAGCAAUGGAGCGUAAAAAGCAAGCAGAACUUCUUAAGAUCACCCCCCAGAAAACCAGCAUCACAUCAAGGAAGGAUUCUUUUCAGUGGAACCUAUGGAAAGAAUUGGAAGGGAGUCGGGAAAGACAGUUCAAGAUCCUUCAACGUGGCUUCAUGGCCAGAGAAACAGCUCAGAAAAUGGCUGGCUAUGAGGCAGCAAGAACUGGAGCCACAGCCUGUAUCUUGCGUUCUCAAGUGAAAUAA